CGCUUGUUGAUGGUUUUCAAAGCAACUUCUCUUGCCCGAUACAGUGCCGUCUAGAGGAUGUGCCUUCCAGCAAUGCAAUAUAGCUUUGGAAUCGAGUGUAUGAUGUAUGAUCCCAGGGCUAUUGAUAAAGCGCGGGAGCAGAUGGAGACAGUAUGCGUUAGACGAACUUGCAAGUCAAGGACAGAAUGGAAAGAAGUUAUUUUGUUUGGGUGUUGAGCGCUGGUUUGCUCGCCGAUCCAGCCGAUCAACACGGCACGUGAUUGCGGCAUUCUCCUAAGUGUCGAUCACACAUUGCCUGCGCAUGGUGUGUGUGGGGAAGCAACUUGUGCAUUGCAUUUCUUCCCCGCGCGCGGCCCAUUUCUUUUAUUUAGGCCGUCAGCGUAUCCUCCCCCAGUCCAAAAGGUAUCCAAAUAAUCAGAAAAUGUCGGAUCUCUUCCAAUUCUACGCACGGAAUAGAGGGGUUGUUGUGCCGGAUUUGCUAGCCGCUAGUGUUCUACACAAUCCGUCCAGUCAAGAAAGUCCAUACUCCCUUCUCGCUCUUCUCGGUUCAAAGUUUGAUUUACGUCGAUCAAAGGGGCUGACUUCGUACCUUGUACGCCAUCCUGAUGUCCUUGAAAUCUUGUUCUCCACCCUAUGUGGAAUGGCUCCCGAUGUGGUUGAGAUCGAGCGCCACGUCAUGUCCCUUCCCGCUGGGUCACUAGGAACUGAUACGAAGCGGAUGAGUUUUGUCAGUUUCUUGGAAAAAUGCGAGACGUUGAGCAAAAGUGACGCGUCGGUUGAAUCUUUAUAUAAAAGACUGCUGGAUCUGCUGGAGCACGCUGAUGUCUGCUUCGUAUGCAUGGAUCGCAGUGUCGAUAUUGUCUUUGAAUGCGGUCAUGUUCUCUGCGAGGAAUGCUCAUUACAGAUAUUCGAACGAUGCCCCUUUUGUCGGAGAAACAUCAAGGAUCCUGCGCAUCGGAUGCAUCUAUCCGACGUUCGAAAUGCCAGUGCUAUGGAGAUAGAGGCGCCUGUCAAGUCAGCACCACAGCGUGCGCGUCAAUCUUUAGAAUUGCGAAAGGAUAAAUCUGCAUAUUUGGUAGAGCGUAUUGAGGCUCUUCAGUGCAACACAACUACGCUGGAUGAAGCUGAAAAGACAGAAUGGAAUCUGUUGGUUGAUCGGGCACCGGAUACUGUUAAGACUGCAACACAGUCAAAUCCUUUCCGAUCACAGGAGACCAAAGCCUGGGUUUGCGCAAAAUUGAUCCUAAAGCUUGCACCGCUUCAUAAGGGCAAGCCAUGGACGGAAGCAGAAAGGCAAACAGCGUUCGAAAUUGUUCGAAAUGUCACUACACCAUCGCAACUCCACCGAUUUCUCGCCGUCAUUGCUGGCAAUGAUCCUACUACCGAUGCCCAGAUUAGCCGCUCAAUGCCCCGUAAACUCCGAACAUUAGUGACGCAUAUUGUGAAUAAUAUCAAAUCCGGCGCUGAUUCCGUAGACUUUCAUCGGAGAGACGACAAGGGCUUUUGGAAAAUGCUUUUUGCAAAAGUGCAUAUCACGGAGAAGAGAAAGCGCAAAAGGUUUGCGAAGGCUCAGGCUACCGCCACCGUGCUCAGGACAAAUAAGCUCUCCGACGACCAACGUGCUGAGGCGAUCAAGUUUAAAGUUUUGGAUACGAAUGGACAACGUCCGAAAACAUCAAUCCAUGAUCUGAAUGUUGCCAUACGUGAUCGCGACGUGUCAGCUAUAGUGGCUAGCUUGUCCAAAGAUAGUGGCCUGUGUUUCCGAUAUCUUCGCUUACUGGCUACACGUUUGCGAGAUAGCAUCGAGGAUGUAGAGAAAUGGAGAGCUUUCGUGGAAAAGAUGGCGCCACAGUGGAGUGUUCGACAGUUGAUUGAACUCAAGCAUAUAUUCGUAAAGUGCUUGGAACAGUCAGAGGACGAUAACAAUGUAGAGAUAGGAGCUGCCUCGAAUCCUGUUGGUGAAUCGGCGGAGCAGACCACGAAAUGUAGGCGAGUCAUACUUACCCGGAAGGGAUCGCUGUAUCAGGAGCCACCAAUCAGUGAUUCUGACGAGGCUUUCCCCCUCUAUCCACGAAAGGACAUAACGCAUGUUGCUCUCCAGUGUCUGGAAGCACAAAUUGAGAGUAAACUCACCUUGUCCGACAGAUUCCAUGGCGUGCUUUUGGAGGAUACCCCAACAUCACGGUUAGGCUACAGAGACCGCCUACUGCCACGUGGCAACCCACCCAACGUUCCUCAAUGGGCACUGAAGCAGAUUUUCAAUCGGGGCGACUUCAUACCCCUUCCUUUGAACUCUGAAAUUCUGGCGUAUAUCUAUUGGAAGCAGAAAAUAGACCGAGUCGACCUAGAUCUAUCCGUAUUCGGAGUUGACGAACAAUGCGUGGCUGUCGCAGGUGAUACGAAAUGCGAUUAUACCUCCCUAGACGCUUUCGGCGGUGCAAUGCAGCAUAGUGGAGACCUGAUGUCAGCACCUAACGGGGCUUCAGAAUAUGUUCGCUUUCGCAUUCGAGAUGUCCUUCAAGCGAGUCCUCAGACGAGGUACCUUGUCGUCUCAGUGUUUUCUUACAAUAAGGUGGCGUUUGAUAAUUUGGACUGUGCAAUUGUCGGUGCUGGCGUUCUACCUGCUGGAGCAGCGGAACACGAGGGGGACGUGGAGAGCAACGCAAACCUCCAUCUAGCCGAAUCCGGCCCAGCGUCAUCGACUACCCUCGGAGUCGCUGGUCUUCGUGGCUCAUCGAUGAUGAACUUGGCUGGCAUUAUUGAUUGCAACCCCGAGAAUCCCGGGAUGUGGUUGACUGGCAUCAAUGUUGGUGGCGCAUCAAACUCGUUUCUUUCUGUUGACAGCAAUGGGGUGACGGUUUGUAGGGACGUGGCGGGAUUCUUGAAAUGGAGAGCCACGAAUGCCCCACCAAGUGUGGAGUGGGUAUUGGCACAUGCCGGGGCAGCGAUUGGAACUGUUGCUGUAAAAAAGUCCAGGGGAAAGCAAGAGUUGGAGAACAUGCUGCAUGAUAUGAGUAUAGAUGAGACAACUCUGGGCGAUCAACAAACGGGACAGAAUGAUGCGGAGGACUAUUUUGAAAUCUAUCACCGACAGCCAACGGAAACUAAGGAGACGUUUAUGACUCGCGUACUAACUCCUGGGAUGGAACCUGAUCUGUGCGUCAAUGACUUGAAAGAAGUGGACGUUACAGGGAACGAUGGGGGUGUGAAGCGCAAAUGGCUGGAUGAUUGGAAGGUUGUAUAUGCCUAACCCGGACUCAAGAUUGUAUAUCCAUUUUAAUAUGUGUAAUUAUCUCAUGUGGUCGAAUACAUCAACUGUAGCUACCAACUGG